CAGACAUACUGCUGAAAUAGGCUGUUACUUUUUACUAAACAUCAAAACACAAAAUUACUAUGGAAUUUGUAUGAAAAAGCACACUGUGACAUCAUAGAAAAACGUGAUAAAAUGUCGAACUUAUUAUUACGUUAGUCUUGAUUAAAAUUCGUAAAUAAGUUAAAUACGAAAAAGAAAAUGUUUUUCGUUAGUUUUAGAUGUCUUUGUUUAUAAAUUCAGAAUUUCAUAAUUUAUCUUGAACCUAGUUGAAUGAGGAUAAAAACUAAAACCGCAAACCUAGGUGGCAGCACCGUUGACUGUUCCUAAAUUUUGAUAGUGCUCCAUACUGUCCAGUUAAAAUUCAUGAUGCUAUAAAAGGUGGAGCAAUGGAGAAAAAAAAACAACCUUUUUUCUAUUCUGUACCUAGUCAUAUAUCAUGUUGUCUAUCUCAAUCUCAGAUCUCAAUAGUAAUAUAUUAUAAUGGGUGCACUACUCUGAUAAAAAUGACCUCUAAAUAAAAACUUUUUAAUACCUCCUUCAGGUAACAAGUGAAGUUUCACUGGCAUAGAUCAAUUUGAAGUGACUAACUAUAUUUUGACGUAAAAUUUUGUACAAUAAUCAAAGAGAACAUAAAAAUACACUGUUUUAACAAUAACAUAACUAAUAAUUCUAUAUAUAAAUACAAGAAUAUAGUAUUUCUGUAAAGUUUGAAUUUAAAAAGUUUCCCAAGAUGAGUUGCAGGGGCACUAUAAAGUCCGGAACUAUGAUGGUGAAACCAAUGCUCUCACUUAACAGGUGUGAAGCACAUACCAGGGUGCUGGGCUUGUACAGGGCUUUCUAUCGAUACAUACCGUACAUAUUAAAAUACUUUGAUAUACCGAAAAACCAGAAUGACGUUCGAGAGAAAAUAAAGGAGCUGUUCAAAAAAAACGCUCACGUGGAGGACAUUCGAAUAAUCGAUACGUUGGUCAUAAAGGGCUACAUGGAGCUAAAGGAAAUAACCCAUCAGUGGCAGCAAAAAGGGCACAUCAUGGCAAAUUGGUGUCCUUCCCAAGAUCCCGUGCCAAGAGACUUCAUUGGGAAGUUCCUACAGGGAAUUGAGAGAUAAAAAUACGUAACUUACUUACAUUCUAAUUCUUCACUUCAAAAUUUCUUGUACGAAAUGCGAAUUCUAUUUUUUAUUUUUAUUAUUUCUUAGCUAGUUAGACCACGAUGUAAUAGCUAAUGCAAAGGCUUUAAAUCAUUUUAUAUAUUUGUCGCUUCAUCUGUCCCGUACCUAUCUGCUUAUAUUUUUUGUUAUUUUUUUAUAAUUACUUACGUUUUUAGUAGUACUACGUAUACGUAUACUACGUACUACGUAUUACUUACGUUUUUUUAAUAGAAGCAAUUCAAAUGCGAUGACUAUAUAGAGCGCAACCACGCAACCACAACAAUAAAUAACAAUAUGCGCAUUCUGAGUUAACUUGUCAAAGUUUGAAAUAAAGUAGGUAGGUAGGUACAAUCUAAUGAAAAUAAAUAACAAAUUCAAAAUUUAUUGAUCACAUUCAUUCCACAUCACACGCCUUCCAAAGGCUUAAUUAUAACUAACAUGCUCUUGAAACUUGCAAUUGUGAGUUACCUAAAAAGGUUAAUACCUAAAUAGGUACUUUAUGUAUAAAUAUACACGAUUUUUGUAUUGUAUUGUAACAGGUAUACAAAUAAGAAGUAAGUAAUUCACAUUUGCAACGUCUUUUACAUAAUAUUACAAUAUAAUAAAUA